AUGAUCGGUAAGAUGCCGACAGUUGUAAAGUCCCCAUGUGCCCAGAACGCACACGCUGACUCGCUCGCAGACGAAACGCCAACGCUGGCCUCGAGAGCCAGUCGACUCUACGAUCUUACGCGAGCGGCGGCCGCGGCGCAUGUUCCACAGCAGACGAGUCUGUAGCCAGAACAGGCGGUCCUCGAUGUCCCCAUAGCCACCCACCUGUGCUGAUUCCCCGAACUAGGUACUCCGCCAGAAGAAUCGAGGCCGGUAGACCCACUGAUCGCACCCACGCCCAUUCGAGACUCCAAGACCCCAAGUCGGGAUGCGGGACAUCUCUAUGUGGGACCGCAUACCAAAGGCCAUUACAUAUCCAGCGCGCACUUUGCACUCAUCAGUCAAGAGGUACGUCGUCGGACUCCUGGUCCGCCUCGAGGACCAUGGCCACGCGCCGUCGAGUGAUGCUCUGACGUCUUGCUGCUGGGAGCCAACACUGACUCGUCUCCAAGGUCGCUGCCAUCAAUGACUUGCUCCGCGACCAGAAAGGCUACUCCCGAGAGCCGCAAAUGCGAGGUGGGACUAGGCAGACUUUUCCCGCUUCACCUCCACUGACAUCUCCACGCUUUGCAUCAGGAAGCACAUGCGAUGGUAGUACGGAGAGCGGAGGACUCGAGCGGGAACGAGAGCUCUAUGGCGAUUUCUCCCCAAACAUGCCGGCUGGGACUCCGCAGGACAAUACGCUCGUGACCUCUCAGGCGCCCUCGAUUGAAGAGAUACUGGCUGGUCUACCGUCCAAGGAGCAGUGCGAGGUCUUGAUCUGGUCGUAUGUAGGUGGGUUCCACGCGAAACGAUCGCUAUUUCACGCGCCUUCGUUUCUGGUGCAGGUGCGGAAAUUUCAGCGUUGGUACGUCGUGGCGGAUGGACAGACAGACAGUACGCGCCAUCGGAUGUUCAGCACUGACACAGGCCAGGCUUGACAAUCGAGAUCCGAACUAUGUACUGAGUGUUCACUUCCUAUGCCUUCUGACAGCCGUGACGUUCGCUGGCUCGGUUGUGUGUCCACGGUACAGGCUCUCAACGGUGUUUGGUGGAGAUGUAACAAGAGAGGCCCUGACAACACGUCUCUAUCGCCGGGCAGUACGCGCGAUCCGCCUCUCCGAUUUCCCUCAGUCACCGUCACUACAGUCCUUAUCGGCCUUCAUCAUUGUGGACUCCACUUGGCUCCGAGAGGAACAGCCGUUGACCUGCUGUUCUUUCAUCGGUGUUUGUGUCAGGGUGGCGCAGAUGCUCGGUACUUGGAGGCCCUCUUUCGCCCCGGUGUCUUACACGUGGCUGAUCGUGCGACAGGUCUACACAAGGAGCCAACGACCUUUGGUCAUUUCUCUCCGGUGGAUGUGCACGUUCGCCGCCAGAUUUGGUGGUCCGUAGUUGCAAUCGACGCACAGGUGGCAUUCGCGUCCGGCUUGCCCCCCAUCAUUGACUGUCGAUUGUACGACGUGUUGCCCGUCAGCGAGCUCAGUGCCGCAGCUAUCAGAGAAGACUUGGAACCCCAUGGCAAUGCAAGCAAAUCCAUACUCGGCAUCUUCAUCGGUGGACGAUUCGCUUUCUACAAGAUGGGUAAUGAAAUCUUGCACUUGCUCCACAGCAGUCUUCUUUCCGAAAAAGGUCUGGAUCGAAUGUUGGAGAUCACGCGUGAGGUCAAAAAGGACAUGGAAUGCCGGAGAAGCCAGAUCGACUCGAUCGAGAGGCUGCAUCCGAAGCAGGAAUCGUAUGAUGGCAGCGACAUCGAUGCUAUCCGUCAUACCGAGUCCAACGCUGCGCUCGCGCAUUUCGCGCGGAUGCUGUUCGCGCUCUGGGCGGCAAAGCCAUACUCGGUCAUGUACGGUCCCAUGAGAAGGCAUGACCUCUUGCCUGUGCUUCGCAAGAAGGAGCCGAAGUGAGUUCGAGCAGUUCCGCCGUCGCUCUCGCUGACGCUAACGAGCCUGCCAGUGUCAUCGUGUACUGCCGCGAAUAUGUCCACCGUUUCCUCCGACUGGCCGAGAGGAGCGACUUUCAGCCCUGGCAUUGGUGCUGGCCCGGGCAACACCAGCCACUCCACAGCAUCAUGGCGUUGAUCUCGGACCUUGAAGACGAUCCAGACGAUCCCGAAGCGCAGGAGACCAGGCGACUCGUCGAUCUGGCGAUCUACAAGUGCAUCGGAUCCGAUGACUGCGGCAUUGUGUCUCAUGAAGAUGGCAAUCCGGACCCGAGGCCGCUGCACAGUGGAGGGAGACAGGCGUGGAGAUUCCUCCGACGAGCUCGAGAUAGGUAUGACUUAUCCCACCCCCAAGCCUUGUAGACCACAGCUGACGCAUGCGCAGAGCCUGGGAACUGGCUGGCCUCGAUCCAUCCAUCCUCACGUGCCCGGAAUCGGUCCACAACAUCCGGCUCCGAGGCGUGCCAGACGAGGAUCGCAAGCAAGAUGCCGCAGACACCUGGCAAGACUACGCUUCCGGGCCCAUACCCCAGACCUACGCCGAAUGGUCAUAUCUGGGUCAAGCCACGGAUCCGAACUUUGGAUUCUUGUUCGAUCUCGAUAUGCAGUUCCACGGUGGCGUAGGAGCAGUGAGUUGUUAG